GAGGGGCCGACAGAAAAUGGCGAGUCUGUGCAAAAGGCAGCAAUGCACGGUAGAGAGGCGCGGCUUUCGGCAGGAACUUGACUCUUGGAGGCACAAACUCAUUCACUGUGUAGGCUUUGAAAGCAUCUUGGAAGGCUUGUUUGGGCCGGGACUAGUCAAAGAUAUCACCCUGUUCCAAGACUGCGAGCCGGAGGAAGUGUCUGACUGGUCCUUCGACGAGAACUGUCUCUUCUGCUGCUUGAGACGUGAGAAGAUCAAGGACCACGCUGCAGAGGACGGGGGAGGCAGCCAGUCGCUGUCCGAGUGUGAAGACUUCAAGCGGGAGCUGUCUCGGAUCAGCCGGCUGGAGAGACAGGCCCAAGACUUCCUCAAUGCUGUGUUCCACCGAAAAGACCUCCCAAGUCUCUCAGACCCGCACAUUCCUCUAGUGGCUCGUGAGAUCAUGCAGCGAAUGAUCCGCCAGUUCGCUGCCGAAUAUACCUCAAAAACUACUCAGGACGACCUGCCCCUGCCCAACGGCACCAUGAAGGACCAAAGCCUACCGAUAGCGGCGUCUCUGGCCCUGGGCUCCUGCUCCCCGCCCGGGGCCCUGCCGGCACCGAGCUCCCCUCCAUCGUCUGCCUCCUCCUGCCCAUCCCCGACCCCAGGGCCAGGCCUCAGCCCCACCUCCGCUAACGCUGCCGCUGCCGCUGCUGCCGCCUCAGCAGCUUCCUGCACCCAGAGCAGCAACGGCACGGGAGCCAGUAACGGCGGAGGAGGAGGAGGAGGAGGAGGAGGAGGAGGUACGGCUGCUGCCUCUGCACAGAAUCCCGUCCUCAGCAAGCUUCUCAUGGCCGACCAGGACGGCCCGCUGGACCUCACCGUGAAGAAGAACCAGGUCGACGACGAGCCCAGCCAGCAGGACGGCGUCCUGGACCUCUCCACCAAGAAGAACAACGGUGCAGACGACCGCAAAACCUCGUCCGGCUUCCCGCCUGCGUCUGGGGUCAAAGGACGUUCCCUCAAAGUGGAACAUCCGCUGCCCGAGGUGGACGAGGACGAUGGCCCUCUGCAGAAAAGCUUGCAGGACGGACUGAGGGAGAACUCCAGCUCCUUCAAGCCGCCACUGGCCCGCUCACUGCGCAUCAAGGAAGAGCUCCUCAGCCAAAAGCACCGCCUGCUGAGCCAGCCUGCUGCUCUCUCAUUGGCUAAUCUAGAGGCAGCCGGCUUGCUCAGUCACGGGCAGUCCCACUCCUUGCUUGGCCAGAAGGGCUCCUCCUCCUUCUGGGGAAGCAAGGCCCAUCUCGAGAGCCUGAUGAAGCUGAAACAGGCCAGCGGAGCUCUGAGCGGGGCCCUCAGCGACCUCAAAGACCUGCCUACAUUCCUGGAGAAUCACCACCACAACCACCAUGGAGCCUUCUCCAUCAAGAGUUCACUCCUCCAUCACCACCACAAUCAGGCCUCCAAGGCCCAACACCACCACCAAAACGAGGGCAAGAGAGACCAAGGCCACUCGCCACCUGUCGACCUUAAGAUCCCCCAGGUUCGGGGCAUGGAUCUCUCCUGGGACUCCCAUGCCUCCGACCUGUACGGCUACAGCAGCAUGGGGGGUGGCCAUGGGGAGAAUAGUCUGAGCCGGAAGUUGAGAGCCAUCCUGCCCAAGCAGAACCGCCGGGGGUCGAGCCUCGGAAGCCUGCUGGAUGGGGCGGCGGACUACUGGAGCUCUGACCUGGAGCACUCCAUCUCCGGACCAGCAUACUCCACCUCCGACGUGGAAGGGGACCCGAACUCCAAGCAGCCACGGAAGAAGAGGGGCCGUUAUCGCCAGUACAACACCGAGAUCCUGGAGGAGGCCAUCACGGUAGUGAUGAACGGGAAGAUGAGCGUGUCCAAGGCUCAGAACAUGUACGGCAUCCCGCACAGCACCCUAGAGUACAAGGUCAAAGAGCGCUUGGGAACCCUGAAGAACCCCCCAAAGAAGAAGCUCAAGCUCAUGAUGAAGAUGGAAGCGGGAGGCCAGGAGUUUCCCGCCGAGUCGGAGAACACGCCAACCUCAACCCCGCGAGACGACGAGCCGCCUCUGGCCGCCGUGGAGCUCAAGAACAAUGUCAAAGAAGAGAUUGAUGACAAUUUCCAACCAAUCGACUAAACGACUUACACAUGUAAACCUCAGUCAAAUGACUUAAGUGAUUUGAAAACGGAUGGGGCUUUAUUUGUGCCAAUUUACUUUGCAGUAUCUGGGUGAGCACAAACACAGGGAUAAUAUGAGGAGGAUUCUUAGAAACACACUGGAGAGAAACACCUGAUCGGAUGGUAUUUAACAAGCGUCCCUAAAGCGACGCUGUGCAGGCAUUUGUUUAGCUUUCAUAUCCAGGGGCUGAACAAAUGCAGCUAAAGACAUUGGUUAAAUGACAAUUAAUGAAAUUUCCUAAGCAUGCUGAUAAUCCCGAGCCCAAAAACCCAAUCGCCCUUUUUCUGAACUUGAUACACUGAACCAUUGCUGCUUAUAGACGCAGUUUGGGCUUUUGGACUAUUCCAAUUUGGGGAGAAACGAGGGGAAAGUUUGAAAAUUAACUCACAAAUCUUGUCCCUUAACCACUCCCCUCUCUCACGGAUAGCUGACAAUUGGUAAGUGGACUGUCUAUUACAUUCGAAGCCAACUGUAAAGUUUAAUCAUACCACUGAUACUCCUCCCCGGGGUUCUGAAUCAAAGCCCGUUCUCUUAUUGCCAGGUAGCCAUGACGCUUUAACUGCAAACCUUUACUUUCCUCCUGAAGAUAUUCUGCUAAUCUCUGUGCGAAUGAAAGCAACAUUAACCCGUCCUUUUUGAAAAACGAGAAAAAGACACACAAAAGUCAUUCAGGGAUGCUUGUCUGUGAGUGGACACUACUGACUUCUAUAACUGACUUCUUUUCCUCUAUCUUUUUCGUUUGAUUUGUUUUUUGCUUUCUUUUGCACUACACUCUGGGUCUGGCGCUUACAGACCAGGUUACCUCGGCAUUGUUGCCCUCGCAUCAUGCACUUAUUAUGGUCUGUCUCUGAAGCCCAGUCGCAACCUCUCAACGGCGUCAGAGGUGCACGUCGCCUGCGUUCGCUGAUCCAUCAUCAGAUUCAGGAGGGCGGUUAGUUUGACCCUCUUUUUUGCCAACGGACAAGCGGAGGGGCUAAUCUGAUCAUGGAUCAGCUGUUUUUUUAAGGCGGAAUGCUACCUCAUGGACCUCCGUCAGUGUCUCACUGCUGAUCCUGGAAUGCCGGAGAUGCCUUCAGGUUUCCUUCCAAACGGUAACCGAAGUGAGCUCCUCCCCGCCGCGGCGAUCUUUACCUGCUGAAGGCCUUUUAGGAUCAGAAUGUGAAACCGCUGCUAUACAGUCGAUUAUCUAGCUCCUACACGAGGCCUAAGCUAAUGAGUUCUAGCUCGUCUUCGCUAACAACGAUACAUUUCUCAUGGUUUUGUCUUUUUUCCUUUUUCUAAUCAAACUAAGCAGAAGCAGCUUAGCUGAUCUCCUCCAUCAAACGUCAAAGACAGUUUUAGAGGCUGUUUACUACAACAAUGUGCAUUUACAGAGGGGUGUUGAUUUUGGGUGGUGGGUGGGCGAUAUGCAGUGGGGAGGUGUAGAUGAUAGAGGUGAGGGGAAGGCAGAUUUUAAUAUAUUAUAAGUUAUUACUACUGAUUAUGUAAAAGCCGAUCCGGGAUUUCUUUCUCCUCAUUUUUAACUCAGGGUGACUGAGACAGAUGUUGUGGGUUUAACAUGUGGUCAUUUCCUCUUGGACCUGUAGUAGACGGACAGGAGGAAAACACACGCCUCUCGCUGAUGCUAACCAAUCACACAACACUACAGGAUACACACCGACGAUGGGUUUAGGCGCUUAACUUCUAACAUAGCACUUUUCAAAAGUCAGAAAGACGGGAGGUGUUUGUGGUUAUGCAUGUAGUUCUCUUCUCUGAGGGAUAUGGAAAAUAAGCUUUAGUGUGUGAAGACUGUCAGAAUCUGCAGCUUGGACCCAAACGACUCUUUCUUUUCCUCUCAAUUACCUCCGAGAAGUCAAGAGAAGAAAGGAAAGUUUUUAAAAACAGGUCAACAGCUUGAACAAGUUCAGUUUUGUGUCGUCUUUGUCGCUUCCCCCCCCCCCACCACCCUCCCGUCACUGCUGAAGAACCAGGGACUGAAAAACCAUCGUCAGGAAUUUACCAGGCGGGGAAAGAAUAUCCCUCAGAGACGCAGGUGGAAACACAAAAAGCUCUCCUGAUGUUCUCCCCCAGGGAAACACUGACGCACAUGAAAAAUGCUUCUGGUUGUUCUGUUUAGUUUUGCUUUGUGGUAAAUGUCGCUCUUCGCUCCGAACACUGCCUGGUGCUCACCCAGUGUGUGAGAUUUAACAUGAGAAAUGUACCUCUGCUCAGAUGAUGAUGAUGAUGAUGAUUCACUCCUUUUGAAAUGUAUUGUAUAUUUAAUUUAUUUGAUUUUUCUUUUAUUAUUCUCUUGAAAAUGGCAUGCACCACUUCCCUGGCUGAUUCUGGGAUCAGGCCAAUUAUUGAUUAUUUAUGUUGAGAGGAUUUCAACUCAAUUAAUCCUGAGCCAGAGAUGCUAAAAUCAUCGAGAAUUUGACUCUUUUCUACCUGUUGCUUACAAUCUUCAUUUUCCCUCUCAAGUUUUCCAUUUAAGCUUCGUAGCUGCCUCGGCCUGAUUGGCCUGUCCGCAUGGCCAAUGGGAAAAGCUUUAGCAAAGACCCCUGGACCUACAGAUCGUUGGGUGGUCGUCAUGCAUGAAAUGCGUCCCACACUGACAAUGCCGAGCAUUUGAAGUGUCUGAAGGUUGUUGUGUGCGUUAAGUCGGACCCAGCGAAGCACAAUGCACUGACGUGAGAGUUAAAACAGGAUCUCAGCCCCGGUGUUGAUGCACUUCUCAUGAAAACUCCUCUUAUGAAAAGGCAUGAAGCUGCUCACUCCAGCAGCUUGAAAAAAACAUAACUUAGCGUGAACCCCCCCCC